AUGAAAAAGGAAAACAAAAUUGCGCAUCAGGUGAUCGAAUCGGCUUUGUCACCUGAUGAGGAGUCAACUAAGGUCUUCAGCGGCUUCAGCGACUCAGCAUUCACUAAGGUCUUCAGCGGCUUCAGCGACUCAGCAUUCAUUGAAGCUGCAGCCGAUCUUCGUAUCAGCUCAAAGUCUACUGAAUUUCCACAUCCUAAUAUUUCCGUCUGCAAAAUGAAGUUCUUGGCCAUUGCUUUCAUCUUGUGCCUCGCUGUGGUGUACACUCAGGCUUUACCAGCCGAAAUGCCAUCUUCACCACUGCUGCUGAGUCGGGUGGCCAGGUCACCUCACUCUCCUCACCGAGACUGUAUCCCGUGUACUUGCAUAAAGAAGGUCACAGUCAUCACCAUAAUCGAAUAUGAAGUAAUUCCACCAUCCACCAGGUUCGGUGGCAGCCGCCAGUGCUGCCCAUGUCCUAACUUCUAAUGGCGCUGUUUCUCAUGGACCUUCUGAGUAUGUUCUAGACGGAGAAACAGUGAACACACCAAAUGGUAUAUUUUUGAAUAUUUUCAUAUGCAAAUAAAAUUGAUGUGACUAA